AUGAACUAUUUAAUUGAGAAGGAUGACUUUGUGGAGGAUGGUUGUGAUGUGAUUGACAGUGAUGGUGGCUUUGUGGUGCUCAAUGGAUGGGUAGUGGCGCUAAUGGCAAUGGAUGAUGGUGAAGGCUUUUCAAGAGCAGCUUGUUUUACAUUUGCAAUUGUUUGGCAGGAGGGCUUAUCUGUUGCAGCUGUGAGCCGCCGCCUUGUGAGAGAAGCUGUUCGGGAGCAGUGGGGUUUUGUUCUUGUGGCCACAACACGACUUCUAGUUUUGUUUGCAGCUGUUGGAUGUUGCGUGUUGCCCACUGUGGACCGUGUGUCAGCAGAGUUCUGGGAAGCUUUAUGGCAG